AAAUAAAAUUUGAUCUGUUCGCAGUGUGUCUUGUCUAUAUUCCUUCUGGAAGCAAAGAUGCAAAAAUCGAGAUUUCCCGACUUUUAUAUAGAUACAAUUCUAAGAAAAGACGACUGUGACGAGGGCCCAAACGCAAAUAAGCUAGCAGUAUCUAACGAGGCUCAGCUGAAUGGAAUCGCGAGCAAAAAUGAAAACCCAUGUACAAUAGCUGAAGAUGUAACCGUGAAAACAAGUAAAAAAUUAAGUACAAGUUCGUCGAACUUUGAAAAAUUGUCGGUAGAGGAAAAAGAAAAACUUCCAGCUUGGGUGUUUUGUACAAGGUACUCCGAUAGGCCAUGUGCAGGUCCCAGAUCUCGAAAACGCAGAGAAAAGAAAUAUUCAAGUGUUGGUGAUAAUGAAUGUUCGCGUUUAACGAGCACAGACAGAAGAGAGAGAAUUAUUUUUACACACAAUCAGAUUCAAGUUUUAGAAACUGAAUUUUCUCGUUGUCAAUAUUUAUCAGAGGAUCAAAAACAGAUUUUGAGUGAAAAUCUCCAAUUAACCAUACCUCAGAUUAAAGUUUGGUUCCAAAACAAACGGGCAAAAUUGAAAAAAUCAAGAAGAAAUCCAAAUCGACUAGCUUUAGAUUUGAAAGCUCAAGGAUUAUACGAUCAUACAUGACUGACAUGGUUUACAGGAAAAUUGAAGUUACCUCAUCAACAUUUUAAGUUUUGAGAAAUUGCGUUAGCACUGAUUCUUUAUAUGACCACACGACAAAACCGAAUCACUCCUAUGCUAAUAGAAAUAUAUUGUUGAAUUUGAUAAAAAUAAAAUCGUCUUUCUCAUAGAUUGAUAUAAAGAACACUGGUACAAUACUGUUAAAUUAACCUUGUGUGGCAUUUGCUUAUGUUUGUGCUAUUUCCAACAAAACGUUAAUAAAGAAACAAACC